GCCCCGGCGCCUUCCUCCUGCCCCCGGGCAGCCACCGCGGCGGGGGAAGCGCAGGGGGUGGAGGAAGGGAAAGGGAUUUUUAUUUUUAUUUUAUUUUAUUUUAUUUUUUAUUUUUUAUAAUACAUCAAUAUAUUUUUGCUGCGGUCAAUCCCGAUCCCGCGACUGAAGCCCCCGGAGGGAGAAGUGCUGCGCGCUGUGAUGCGUCUUCCUCUCGCCUCGGCUGCCAGUUUGGAUUGUAGCGCCCGGCUCCGUGCACCGCGAGGAUGGCUCGGUUUGGGGAUGAUCUGCCGACCCGCUAUGGAGGUGGAGGGCCGGCCGGGGCUGGAAGAGGGAGCAGCCGGCAAGGUGGCCCCCAAGCCGGCCAAAGGAUGUAUAAGCAGUCGAUGGCUCAGAGGGCCAGGACUAUGGCUCUCUACAACCCCAUCCCUGUCAAACAGAACUGCUUCACAGUCAACAGAUCCCUCUUCAUCUUCAGUGAAGAUAAUGUUAUACGGAAAUACGCCAAGCGAAUAACAGAAUGGCCUCCAUUUGAAUACAUGAUUUUAGCUACAAUCAUAGCCAAUUGUAUCGUGCUGGCUCUGGAACAACACUUGCCGGAUGGAGACAAGACGCCGAUGUCGGAGAGAUUGGACGACACUGAGCCCUACUUUAUUGGAAUAUUUUGUUUCGAGGCUGGGAUAAAAAUCAUCGCUCUGGGGUUUGUUUUUCACAAAGGCUCUUACCUGCGGAACGGCUGGAACGUGAUGGAUUUCGUCGUGGUCCUCACAGGGAUUCUGGCGACUGCUGGCACCGAUUUUGACCUGAGGACGCUUCGAGCUGUGCGAGUGCUGCGACCCCUGAAACUGGUGUCGGGAAUCCCGAGCCUGCAGGUUGUGCUCAAGUCCAUCAUGAAGGCCAUGGUGCCCCUGCUGCAGAUCGGGCUGCUCCUCUUCUUCGCCAUCGUGAUGUUUGCCAUCAUCGGGCUGGAGUUUUACAUGGGCAAGUUCCACAAAACCUGCUUCUCCAACGAGACAGGUGAUGAGGUGGGAGAUUUCCCUUGUGGAGAGGAGCCCCCUGCCAGGCAGUGUGAGAGCGGGACCACCUGCAGGGAGUACUGGCAGGGGCCCAACUACGGCAUCACCAACUUCGACAACAUCCUCUUCGCUGUGCUCACCGUCUUCCAGUGCAUCACCAUGGAGGGAUGGACAGACAUCCUCUACAAUACAAACGACGCUGCAGGAAAUACCUGGAAUUGGCUUUACUUCAUCCCUCUCAUCAUCAUUGGCUCUUUCUUCAUGCUCAACUUGGUACUGGGCGUCUUAUCGGGUGAAUUUGCCAAAGAACGGGAGCGGGUGGAGAACCGCCGAGCUUUCCUGAAGCUCCGCCGGCAGCAGCAGAUCGAGCGGGAGCUCAACGGGUACCUGGAGUGGAUCUUCAAAGCAGAGGAGGUCAUGCUGGCAGAGGAAGACAAGAACGCAGAAGAGAAAUCUCCUCUGGACGGGAGGGCCGCCUCGGAAGGGCCGAUCCACCAAGGCACGGCACCGGCAGAGACUAGCAGCGGCAGCAGCUACAACAUGUUGAAAAGAGCCGCAAUAAAGAAGAGCAAAAACGACCUGAUUCAUGCAGAAGAAGGUGAGGACCAUUUCACAGACAUUUGCUCCGUUGGGUCUCCUUUUGCCCGCGCCAGUUUGAAGAGCGGGAAGAACGAGAGCUCGUCCUACUUCAGGAGGAAAGAGAAGAUGUUCCGGUUCUUCAUCCGGCGCAUGGUGAAGGCUCAGAGCUUCUACUGGAUUGUCCUGUGUGUGGUGGCCCUCAACACCCUCUGUGUGGCCAUGGUGCACUAUGACCAGCCGGAGAAGCUCACCACUGCCCUCUAUUUCGCAGAGUUUGUUUUCCUGGGGCUGUUCCUUACUGAGAUGUCUUUGAAGAUGUAUGGACUGGGGCCAAGGAACUACUUCCACUCUUCAUUCAACUGCUUUGACUUUGGGGUCAUCGUGGGAAGCAUAUUUGAAGUUAUUUGGGCUGCAGUGAAACCAGGAACCUCAUUUGGCAUCAGUGUAUUGAGGGCACUUCGACUGCUGAGGAUUUUCAAAGUAACAAAGUACUGGAAUUCCCUGAGGAAUCUGGUGGUCUCCUUGCUGAACUCCAUGAAGUCCAUCAUCAGUUUGCUUUUCCUGCUGUUCCUGUUCAUCGUGGUCUUUGCUCUGCUGGGGAUGCAGCUCUUUGGAGGACAGUUCAAUUUCCAAGACGAAACUCCGACCACGAAUUUCGACACCUUCCCCGCCGCCAUCCUCACCGUGUUCCAGAUCCUGACGGGGGAGGACUGGAAUGCUGUGAUGUACCACGGGAUCGAGUCGCAGGGCGGGGUCCGCUCGGGGAUGUUCUCCUCCAUCUACUUCAUCGUCCUGACGCUGUUUGGGAACUACACCCUCCUGAACGUCUUCCUGGCCAUCGCUGUGGACAACUUGGCAAACGCCCAGGAGCUGACCAAGGACGAGGAGGAGAUGGAGGAAGCCACCAACCAGAAGCUGGCCCUGCAGAAGGCCAAGGAAGUGGCCGAAGUGAGCCCCAUGUCUGCAGCCAACAUUUCCAUAGCAGCUUUUGUAAAGCAAACUCGAGGUACUGUAUCUCGCAGCUCGUCAGUCUCCAGCGUAAAUUCACCCAAGCAGCAGAACUCCUCCAAAUCCAAGUCGGUCUGGGAGCAGAGGACCAGCCAGAUCCGGAUGCACAACUUCCGAGCCAGCUGCGAGGCCCUGUACAACGAGCUGGACCCCGAGGAGCGGGUCCGUUACGCCACCACCCUGCACAUCAGGCCGGACAUGAAGACCCACCUGGACCGGCCGCUGGUGGUGGAGCCCCGGAGCGAAGGCAGGAACAACAUCAACAAGCUGAGCCCCGGCGACGUGCAGGAGGUGCAGGAGCACCCCAAGGGCAGCUCUGCCGACGGGGCAGAAGCUCCGCGGAAGCACCACCGGCACCGGGAUAAGGAGAAACAGGCGGAGCAGGAGAAGGGCGACGCGCCCAAGGAGGAGAGCGCGGAGACCGCGGCCGCCAACAAGGAGGAGCGGCACCGGCAGCACCGGAGCCGCAGCAAGGAGGUGGAAGGCGGGAGCAAGGAAGGGAAGAGCGAGCGGAACAGGGGGCAGGAAGGGGGGAAGAGGCACCACCGGCGGGGCUCGGUGGAGGAGUCGGGGGAGAAGGAGCACCGCAGGCACCGCACGCACCGGCACUCCACCGAGCGCCAGGGCAAGGACGGCAACGGCACCGCCAACGGCGCCCGCGGCGAGCGGCGCUCCCGGCACCGCGGAGGGUCCCGCUCCGGCAACAGGGAUGGGGAGCCCAAGGGGGAGAACGGAGAGGAGCCCCACAGGCGGCACAGGCUCAGGAACAGGGCCCUGUCCACGUACGAGUCGGUGGAGAAGGAGAACGGGGAGAAGGAGGCGGAGGCUGGAGAGAAGGAGCACCGGAACCACCAGCCCAAGGAGAACCAGGUUGAGCUGGAGGCCAGUGGCAGUGUGAGUGUCCCCGUGCACACCCUGCCCAGCACGUACCUGCAGAAGGUGCCCGAGCAGCCCGAGGACGCCGACAACCAGAAGAACGUGACGAGGAUGAUCCAACCCCCCCUGGACAAAACCACCACUGUGAACAUCCCCGUCACCAUCACGGCCCCCCCGGGGGAGACCACUGUCAUACCAAUGAACAACGUGGAGUUUGAAAGCAAAACGGAGGAGAAGAAAGACGUCGAUGACCUGACGAAAAAUGGGCCUAAACCAAUCCUGCCUUACAGCUCCAUGUUCAUCCUGAGCCCCACAAACCCGAUCCGGCGGCUCUUCCACUACAUCGUCAACCUGCGCUACUUCGAGAUGGUCAUCCUGAUAGUCAUCGCCCUCAGCAGCAUUGCCCUGGCUGCAGAAGACCCUGUCCAAGCUGAGUCACCCAGGAAUGAUGCUCUGAAAUACUUGGAUUAUAUAUUUACAGGUGUCUUUACCUUUGAGAUGGUGAUCAAGAUGAUCGACCUGGGGCUGUUACUCCACCCUGGCUCCUACUUCCGUGACCUGUGGAACAUCCUGGACUUCAUUGUGGUCAGUGGGGCCUUGGUGGCCUUUGCCUUCUCGAGUUUCAUGGGAGGAACCAAAGGCAAGGACAUCAACACCAUCAAGUCCCUGCGAGUCCUGCGGGUCCUCAGACCUCUGAAAACCAUCAAGAGGCUGCCAAAGCUAAAGGCUGUCUUUGACUGUGUGGUGAACUCCCUGAAGAACGUCCUCAACAUCCUCAUCGUUUACAUGCUCUUCAUGUUCAUUUUUGCCGUCAUUGCCGUGCAGCUCUUCAAGGGCAGAUUCUUCUACUGCACUGAUGAGUCCAAGGAGCUGGAGAAGGACUGCAGGGGUCAGUACCUCGAUUAUGAAAAGAAUGAGGUGGAGGCCCAGCCCAGGGAAUGGAAAAAAUACGAGUUCCACUAUGACAACGUGCUCUGGGCUCUGCUCACGCUCUUCACCGUGUCCACGGGGGAAGGGUGGCCGACUGUGUUGAAGCACUCGGUGGACGCCACCUACGAGGAGCAGGGUCCCAGCCCUGGCUACAGGAUGGAAAUGUCCAUCUUUUACGUGGUGUAUUUUGUUGUCUUCCCUUUUUUCUUUGUGAACAUCUUUGUGGCUUUAAUCAUCAUCACCUUCCAAGAGCAAGGAGAUAAAGUGAUGUCAGAGUGCAGCCUCGAGAAAAACGAGAGGGCCUGCAUAGACUUUGCCAUAAGUGCCAAGCCCCUGACCCGGUACAUGCCCCAGAACAAGCAAUCCUUCCAGUACAAGAUGUGGAAAUUCGUGGUGUCCCCUCCCUUCGAGUAUUUUAUCAUGGUCAUGAUCGCCCUCAACACCAUCGUCCUCAUGAUGAAGUUCUAUGAUGCUCCAGAAGCAUAUGAAGAAAUGCUGAAAUGCCUGAAUAUUGUGUUUACAUCCAUGUUUUCAAUGGAAUGUGUGCUGAAGAUCAUUGCCUUUGGUGUGCUGAAUUAUUUCCGAGAUGCCUGGAAUGUCUUUGAUUUUGUCACAGUGUUGGGAAGUAUUACUGAUAUUUUAGUAACCGAGAUCGCGGACACGGACAACUUCAUCAACCUCAGCUUCCUGAGGCUCUUCAGGGCAGCCAGACUCAUCAAACUCCUCCGCCAGGGCUACACCAUCCGAAUCCUGCUCUGGACGUUCGUGCAGUCCUUUAAGGCCUUGCCUUAUGUGUGUCUCCUCAUUGCAAUGCUCUUCUUCAUCUAUGCCAUUAUUGGCAUGCAGGUAUUUGGGAACAUUGCAUUAGAUGAUGAAACCUCCAUUAAUCGGCACAACAACUUCCGGACCUUCCUCCAAGCCCUGAUGCUUCUGUUCAGGAGUGCCACGGGGGAAGCCUGGCACGAGAUCAUGUUGUCCUGCUUGAGCAAGAGAGCCUGUGACCCCCUCUCUGGCCUCACCAAGAAGGAAUGUGGCAGUGAUUUUGCCUAUUUCUACUUUGUGUCCUUCAUCUUCCUCUGCUCCUUCCUGAUGUUGAACCUGUUUGUGGCUGUGAUCAUGGACAACUUUGAAUACCUGACAAGGGACUCCUCCAUCCUGGGCCCUCACCACUUGGACGAGUUUGUCCGGGUGUGGGCCGAGUACGACCCCGCUGCCUGUUGCCGGAUUCAUUAUAAGGAUAUGUACAAUUUGUUACGUGUAAUUGCUCCACCCCUGGGCUUAGGAAAGAAGUGCCCUCAUAGGGUGGCAUACAAGCGCCUGGUGAGGAUGAACAUGCCCAUCUCCCCCGAGGACCUGACCGUGCACUUCACAUCCACGCUGAUGGCCCUGAUCAGGACUGCCCUGGAGAUCAAACUGGCCUCAGGUGGAGUUAAACAGCACCAGUGUGAUGCUGAGCUGAGAAAGGAGAUCUCCCUGGUUUGGCCCAACCUGUCCCAGAAGACUCUGGAUUUGCUGGUGCCUCCUCACAAACCUGAUGAAAUGACUGUGGGGAAGGUCUACGCAGCACUGAUGAUAUUUGACUUCUACAAGCAGAAUAAGAACAGCAGGGAACAAGUCCAACCCCCCGGAGGCCUCUGCCAGCCUGGCCCAGUGUCCCUGUUCCACCCCUUGAAGGCCACCCUGGAGCAGACCCAGCCCACAGCGUUCAACAACGCCAAGGCCUUCCUGCGCCAGAAGAGCUCGGCCUCCCUCAACAACGGGGGUGCUCUCCCAGCCCCAGAGGGGGGGAUCAAAGAGUCCAGCUCCUGGGGGACCCAGCGCACCCAGGACGUGUUUUAUGAAACCAGGACCCCGGCUUUUGAGCGAGGCCACUCCGAGGAGAUCCCCAUCGAACGGGUGGUAGAAAUGAGGGAAAUCAGCCCCACAGUUGCCAAUGGAGAGCCCCAGCCAGGCCUGGAGAGCCAGGGCCGGGCGGCCUCCAUGCCACGCCUGGCUGCCGAAACCAAGGUGAGCGGGGGAGUCCUCACUGCUGGAGGGGGCCAGGAACUCAGGGGCCACUCUCUCUGCUUGUUGUGUUGCUCGUGGAUGUUUGUUUUAGGAGAUGUUUGCUGAUCUGGAGACAGGAGACCUUUAUUCCAGCAGGUGUUGGUGUGUAGUCCCAGCGC